AUGCACGGCUACUUUGCGGGCCACGGCUACGCCGUCUGUCGCGUGGACAUGCGUGGCAGCGGCGAGUCGGACGGGCUUAUGCAGGACGGGUACCUGCAGCAGGAGCAGGACGACGCGGUGGAAGUGAUCGAGCGGAUCAGCAGGCAGCCCUGGUGCAAUGGCAAUGCUGGCAUGAUGGGGAAGUCUUGGGGAGGGUUCAAUUCCCUGCAGGUCGCGGCGCGCCGUCCGGCCGCGCUAAAGGCCAUCAUCACCGUCGGCUUCACCGAUAACCGCUUCGCCGGCGACAUUCAUUGGCAGGGCGGCUGCCUCCUCAACGACAACUUCUGGUGGGGUUCCAUCAUGCUGGCGUGCCAGUCACGCCCCGUCGAUCCAGAAAUCGUUGGGGACCGCUGGAAGGAAAUAUGGCUGCGGCGCCUGGAGCAUAUGCCCAUCAGCAUUCCGGACUGGGCGAAACACCAAAGGUACGACGACUACUGGAAACACGGCUCCGUCUGCGAAGACUACGACGCCAUUCAGGUGCCUGUGACGGCUGUGAGUGGCUGGGCGGACUCCUACGCAAAUGCCGCCUUUAAACUGCUGUCAAACCUGAAGUUUCCCCGGAAAGGAUUUGUGGGGGCCCUGGACACACGUUUACCCGCAGGAAGGCGUCCCACAUCCGGCAAUUGGGUUUUUGCAGGAGGCCGUGCGCUGGUGGGACCGUUGGCUAAAGGGGACGGGGAACAACGUGAAGAAUGGCUCCAUGAUUCAGGCUUGGAUGGAGCAUUACAUGGAGCCGGAUGCCCAUCGCCCGGUCAGUCAGGGCCACUGGGUCGGUGUCGAGGCGUGGCCCUCGAAGGACGUUGCCAAAGAGACGAUGCGGCUUGGAGACGGGCGCAUCCUGGACACGGCCCAGGCCGUGCGGCCGGAACGCGCGCCUGUUCCGCUCAAAACUCCGUUGAGCCAUUGCCUUCUUGCCGGCGAGUGGAUGGGCGCCGGGGUGUCCGGCGAAACGCCCGAGGAUCAGCGCAUGGACGACGGCAUGUCGAUGGUCUUCCAGGGCGCGGAGCUGCAGCAGGAGGUGGAGAUCUUGGGCCGCCCCAACUUUGA